AUGUCAUCCCAACUCAAACCCAUCAAACUCUACGGCGCCCAUGGAGCCAAUCCACCCAAAGUCGCUAUCAUCCUCGAGGAACUAGGCCUCCCCUUCGAAAUCAUUCACAUCCCCUUAUCCGACGUCAAGAGCCCAGACUAUGUCGCUCUCAACCCCAAUGGCCGUCUUCCCACCAUUCAAGACCCCAACCUGGACAUCACCAUCUGGGAAUCCGGCGCUAUAGUCGAAUACCUCAUCGAGCGGUACGAUACGGAGCACAAACUCAGUUUCGCACCCGGCACGGUCGAUUCGUACCACGCCAGACAAUGGCUUUUCUUCCAAGUAUCCGGCCAGGGACCCUACUUCGGACAAGCCUCUUGGUUCAAGAAGUUCCACCAUGAAAAACUGCCCAGCGCCAUAGACAGGUACCUCCGCGAGGUUGAGCGUGUGAACGGCGUGCUUGAGAGCUGGUUGGCCAAGCAGAAGGACAAGGACCCCAAUGGUGAUGGACCUUGGCUCGUCGGGGGUAAGAUGACGUUUGCGGAUCUCUCAUUCGUGCCGUAUCAUCGUGCAAUGGGGAUGGCACUUCCUGAUGAUUACAGCGUGGAGAAGUUCCCGCUUGUGAAAGAGUGGUGUGGGAAGAUGUUGGCAAGGGAAAAGACGAAGCUCGCGUUCGAGAAGAUGACCAAGGCGUCCUCCUGA